AAAGCAUGGCGGCGAAAAACGUCUGCUCGAUUUUGAGAGAUGCAUUAUUACAUCAUGUUCGGCCACGAUGUUGUUUCCAUAGACAUUUAUCCUCAAAUGUUGCUACUGACAAGGUGAGCUUCACAUCACGCACUCACACUUGUGGGGAGUUGCGUGUUGCGGAUGUGGGGAAGGAUGUGACACUGUGUGGAUGGUUGCAGUACCGCAGGAUGGGCCUAUUCUUUGUUUUGCGAGACUGGCAUGGCAUCACCCAGACUGUGGUGGCAGAGGAUCAGUUGGAAAAGUUAGGCAGCAAAUUAUCCUCGCUGACAUAUGAUUCUGUUCUUCGAGGAGUUAAGGGAGUUCUAUGAAGUUAAGGGAACGGUCCAGUGUCGGCCUGAUGGAGAGAAGAACAAGAAAAUGGACACUGGGGAGAUUGAGGUGUUGGUGAAGGAUGUCCAGAUACUCAACUCCUGCAAGGCAAACCUUCCCUUGGGAGCAAAAGAUUUCCACCAGGUCAGCGAAGCAUUGAGCAUGAGGUACAGGUACCUCGACAUUAGACGUCCGACCAUGCAGCGCAACCUGAGACUCCGUUCAGCCAUGAUCAUGAAAAUGAGGGAGUUCAUGUGUAACCAGCAUGGGUUUGUUGAUGUUGAGACACCUACGCUGUUUCGGAGGACCCCAGGGGGUGCCCAAGAAUUCAUCGUUCCCAGUCGAUUUCCUGGCAAGUUUUACUCCUUGCCUCAAAGUCCUCAACAGUUCAAGCAGCUGCUGAUGGUAGGUGGCAUCGAUCGCUACUUCCAGAUUGCCAAGUGUUACCGAGACGAGGGAUCUAAACCUGAUCGACAGCCAGAAUUCACACAGGUGGACAUUGAGAUGUCCUUCACUGACCAGCCGUCUGUGAUGAGGUUGAUCGAGGAUCUCCUCCAGCACUCGUGGCCGUUGGAAGGGCACAUCAGCACCCCCUUCCCACGCAUGUCCUACCACCAGGCUAGACAGAGGUUUGGCACAGACAAGCCAGAUACAAGGUUUGCUAUGGAGCUGUGUGACAUCACAGACAUGAUGCAAACCUGUGACGUCCCUGUCAUCGCUGCAAGGCUGCAGUCCCCCACUGCUUCUGUACAAGCCAUCCGUAUCCCCCAGGGCAAAAAACAUUUGUCCAACAAGGACAUGGACUCUAUUAUCAAGGCGUGUCAGGACGGCCUCCCGGACUUGAAUGUCAUGACUGUGAAGAUCCAGGAAGAGAGCACAUGGCAAGGGGGUGUGGCCAAGUCUCUGACUGAGGAUGUGAAGCAAUCCAUCUCAGACAGACUGAAUGUGCAGCCUAAUGACAUUGUCGUCAUGGUAACAGGGGAAACAGACCAUGUGCUGACCUAUCUGGGCCGUGCCAGACUGAUGUGUGCAGAGUCACUGGAAGCAAGAGGUGUGACGGUUAGGUCUGGUUCUGGAUUCCACUUCCUGUGGGUGGAGGACUUUCCUUUGUUUCUGCCAAGAGAAGAUGGGCAAGAGGGAGUUGAGUCUGCCCACCAUCCCUUCACAGCCCCGCACACCGAGGAUGAACACCUACUGUACACACACCCUGAGAAGGUGCGGAGUCAACAUUAUGAUCUGGUUCUGAAUGGUGCUGAGAUUGGAGGUGGCUCCAUCCGAAUUCACAACUCCAGGAUGCAGAGAUAUGUCCUGGAAAACAUUUUACAGGAGGAUGCUGGUCAGUUGGAGCACCUGCUGGAUGCACUGGACUCUGGCUGUCCCCCUCAUGGAGGCAUUGCACUAGGUCUGGACAGACUGUUGGCAAUCAUCUGUGGUACGAACAGCAUCAGAGACGUCAUCGCCUUCCCCAAGUCACAUGAUGGCAAGGAUCCAAUGAGCCAAGCCCCUGCUGAUGUAAGCCAGGCAGAUCUUGACAAGUACAGCAUAUCAGUGAAAACAUGAUUGAAGUAUCAUGUACGAGAAUUUAAAAGUGUACAUCUACAUUCAGCAAUGAUUAGAGACAAGUCUGCAAGAGACAGUGAUCAUGUUGUUUAAGAUCAGAAAUGAGUCACUAAGAUGCGGCGGUAAUCGUGUGGUUUAGUCAUAGAUCAGAAAUGAGUCUGUAAGACGCGGUGAUCAUAUGGUUUAGUCAAAGAUAAGGGAUAAGUAUGAAAGAGGCAGCGAUCCUGUGAUGUAGUCACCGGCCAGUUAUCAGUUUCUCCAAAGAGCAUGUCAUUUUUGUGUUAAUGCCCCAUCCAGCAAUGUCCUGUCUAUAUAACAACACAUGCCCGGCCCAUCUACCAGUUGCCUCUUACAGUCAGCAUGGGAAUUCCCCGUGGGCAAGUCAUCAGUCAUCCAAACGUACAUUGAUUUAAAAGAAACACCAUGAUAACAUUUUCCACUGUUAGGUAUUCCACUUUGCUAAAUUCAUCACUGCAUAAAACCCAAGCUUGAUUUAGUAACACUUAUUCAUGUGAACUAUGACUCAGAUGUGACAAGCUGUCUCCCCACACCUUCCUGUUAAGUGGGAGGGUUCCUUCAUCAUCCUCAAUGUCUGGCAGUCGCAAUCACCCAGGCAACAGCGAGUGCCAGGGCAACUACAACUGCUCUGGCAACAGUGAGUGCUAAGGCAACUACAACUGUUCUGGCAACAGUGAGA